AACCAAUGCGACCGCGGGGCUGUGUCGAAGAAAUAAUGGCGAUAACAAACACUCGCGAGUAGAUUUUUUCCUACUUCAAUCAAUAUGCUAUUUCUUUGAUAAUUAUUCUUCUCCUUUCAAUUCUCUUCUUAUAUUAUUUCAUGUAAUUUUUCGCCUUCGACAGCGCAAAUUCGUUCGUUUUCGAGAUUACUCAACUCGCCACGAUGGCAGUCGACGAAAAACGAUCAUGUUCUUCGCGAUUAUCUUUCCUUCGAACCAAAAGAGCAAUGUUCGCAUUGACAAUAUUGGUUAUUAUAUCGGCCGUAUUAAUUGCUCUCGGCGCGACCCACGUACUUCGAUCCGAUAACGGUAGCAAUAACGACAAUAACGACAAUAACAAUGACAAUAAUCCUCAGCGACCGACCGAUGUCAACAUAACAUCAGAUGGUAUCAUGUCCGCAUUAGGGAAUUGGAAACCAAAGAAUUCAAGCAAUAUCGCAAGUGGUACACCUCUUCGUAUUAUGGCACUUGGUGCUUCAUUAGUUCGAGGAGAAUUUUCAAUUGGUAAUAUCGGAUUUCGCAAGACAAUGCGUGAUCAACUAGUUGAUUUAGGUGUUCCUGUCAACAUGGUUGGAUCUCAACGAUUCGGAGAUAUGCUUGAUAAUGAUCUUGAAGCAUAUGGUGGAAAUCGUGUCAGUCAAAUUUAUGAACAUGCUACUCAUAUCGUACCACAACUUCAACCAAACAUCUUCUUGAUUCAAGUAGGAACAAAUAAUGUUCUUCAAAAUCGAGAUGUCGACAAAACGGGUACAGAUAUGAAAAACUUCAUAAAUUACUUAUUAAAGACAUCCCCUCGAUCGACCGUAAUAUUUAGUACCUGUUUAACCAACACAGUUCCCGAUUGCGAACCCAAGAUUCUAGAUGUCAAUCAACAAUAUCGCGAUCUCAUCAAGAAUUAUACCGGAAAGCCAGUCUUAUUAGCAGAAAUGCAUCCUAGCGAAGGAUUUCCUGAUCGACCACAACCUUCCGAUAUUGGUCCUGAUGGUACACAUCCUUCAGAUUAUGGUUAUGAAUUAAUGGGACAUAUCUUUACAAAAGGUAUUCAAGAAGCAGAUAGGAAAGGAUUUCUUCGAUGGCCGGUUGAAAAUGGACUUGAAAAAGAUGGAGAUGCUGGAAGAGCUGAAGCGAAUACGACAACGGUAGAAUUACCACCACCCACUUCGACGACAACUACUAUUACUAGUACUUCUCAAACCGAUUCAACAAAUACUGUAACUACGAAACCCACGGCGAAAAGCUAGACCUUCGAUGGUGUAAGGGUUUGAUAUACAGCAAUCCAUGAUCAUAUCAUACGUAGAAUUGUAUGUUAUGUAUGGUUAUGAUUGCCUUCUCUCCACCUAAUUACGGCGAAUCGCACCCGAUUAGUGAUACGGUGGUACCCAACCCACCAACCUAGGUACCUAGAUACGCUAUGAAGUCACUGAGGAUCUACAACAUUAGGGGAACUCGGCUAGAGAUCGAAAGGCUUCUUAAUUCGAAUAAUUCGACUCGGUUCAGGUUACCUUAAUAAUGAAGCUAUACCCAGGUUCUUGCCGAAAUAUCAUACGUACUAGUAUGAUAUAGGUCAUAGCAUCGUGUCGCAAAUGCUAGGAUUUUGAAACGAGGCUCUCCAGACCCAUGUAAAUCAAUAAGUUACCCCUAGGUAAUCGGGUAGUCUGAAGACUGAUCUUUGCAACAUCAUCAUGCAGUCACGUAAGGAAAUUUCAUAAAUUGAUCAAUUUCAAUGCAAUUGAACGUUGUUAGAAUUUCCUUACUCAUCCUCACAAAUACCAUUUUUUUCUAUUUUUUUUAUUCGUAAUAACUAGAUAUAUUAUUUUGUAGGUAAGAUUCUACGAGAAAAUGACAUGGAU